GGAUUAUGAAUGAUAGUUUGGUAGUAAAUAAUGACAUGUAUUGAAUUACGGUGUAUUUUCACUUGCUGAACGAUGUUCUUUCGAUUGCCUUUUAUACUCGCCGUUGUGUAUUCCAUUCAUCUUGUCAGUCAUUUUGGUUCUAGCGGCCCGCAGUAACUACCAUCGCAAAUACUUCUGAUUCGCUCCAGCACACGCACUAACGUAGCAGUUUGUGUAGGAAACCCAAAUCUGUUUAAGCCGCCUGAUCGGCCCAAGGAGCCCUCGGGACCCGAGCCUGGACGAGCUUAAUUGUGAGGGGCAGUUUCUCCGCACAGCCCGGUACGCUAACCAAACUGCCUUUCAGCGGGGAUAGAGGAGCGUGGCGAAGCAUCGUCAUGUCAAGAGAGACGCAGUAAAGACAUUGUUUUGGUCGUGGCUGUGCACGUGAAGACUCUGCUACUCCAAGUCGAGCAAGGGUCACAAUCACCAUUCACCAUUCAUCCGCCUUACUACAGCACACAAUAUGCAGACAGACAGACGCUUAAAACUCCGUUCGCGCAUGGGCUGCACGCGAUGCAAACGCCGGCGCCAAAAGUGUGGAGAGCAGUGGCCGUGGUGUAGUCGGUGUCUUGAAGACGGCGUUUCCUGCGUCUAUGCGACUCCCCGGCCCGACAAGCGAUUAAAGACUCCCUUGACGCCGAUUCGACCGAAGCUCGAUGUUUACAAUCUUCCUUGUAUAUUUCUGGGAGCAAAGGCGUUUCGACACCCAUCGCAUAGCGUAUACCUGGACUACUUUGUGAAGAGGGCAUCCGCGGCGAUCGCGUGCCACGACCGAAUUCAGCAAGAUACUUGCCACAUGAUUGUAUCGGUUGCGAGUGUAUAUCCGUGUAUCCUCUACUCUGCACUGUUAUUUUCGGCGAUACAUAAAACAUCAGCAGUGGGAGGCAUACCUGGUGCUGAUGCCUGGGACGUCCCGUUGCUAGAGCUCAAUGCGCUGACGCUGUCUAUGCUGCGCGAGGAGCUUCACCAAACACAUGGCGAUUACAAGGCUAUUGCUGCUGCCUCUCUGAUGCUGUCAACAGCUGAGUUGCGCUAUAAUCCCGAAGGGUCGGCGUGGCGCAUGCACUUUGAAUCUGCAAAGAGGUUGUUGGUGCUUGCUGGAAAGCAAGAUGCAGACGACGCCUUGUCACGAUUUAUUGAGCGCCGCGUUGCGCUGAUACAGUUUCUUAUUGCACUACCAACGCCGUGGUCUACGGAUAGACGGUGUAUUUCUUCCGAACUGCAACAGCCAGACGACCUGUGCAUAGCAACUGUCGGUACCAUCGACAGCACCUUGGCAUGUGUCCAAGAAGUAUCACUGGCCUUUGAAUACAUUGGCCAAUUUCCUUCUCUUACAAACGAUAUCGAUCGAUGCGAUAAUUCAACUACAUCCAGCGCCAUGGCACUCAGUCUGGUGGUCUUCCUACAGCGUGUAAUCGAUCGAGACCAAGAAACGCCCCCUAUUCUCUCCAAUGACAUACGCGAGAGCUGCGCGGCCGAUGAGGUGGACGAAUAUCGCAUAUGCAAUCGUAUAGCUCAGCACAUGGCACUUCUGUGUACCUACCGAUACGGACUGGGACUCAGGCGCGACACAGCCAUUGUUGCAGAGUCCGUCGAUGCCAUCAUCGACCUGGCUCAUUCGAUAUCGAAACAAAAGGGAUCUCACCCCUACUUGUGCCUAACUACCUCACUUUUUAUUGCGGGGUGCGAGGCUGGGCCGGAAAGAGUGGCCGAUGUUAAAGCCCUGUUAGAGACGCAUUAUGAGGUGACGAAGAGUCAGAGUACACGCAAGUCGAUUGACAUGUUGAGUAGUCUUUGGUCUUCAAGAGAAGUGGGCGAUAUACACAUGGCGAGCGAUUCCAUGGGAAAAAAUCGUAGUAUUGCAUUCUCACAGCAGUGGAGGAAUUAUAUACCCUAUUAAGAUUUACAGUGGCCAAAAGAUGAAUAUUGGCGUAUAAUAGCCUUUCAUUCAUAUAGCAGUGGUUUCGCAUGUAACGAGGUGGCUUGAUGACCUUCCUCCCUUUCGUGAAGCUCUGGUCUGGAAGAUUGGAGUCCAUUAAGUUGUUGACAAGAAUUGAAUGGGGUCCCGAAUUCUCCUGUGUCUAUGGUCCUAUAUGCUAGACAUUUAUCUACUUUCGCAUAUAAGAAUAUAUUCUAAAAUCCAGCUUGUAGACUUGCCUUAUUGAUGACUCAACUUUUACUCUGACCUUGAUAAGAGAGAGGUGUCCAAGCCGCUACGAACAUUCCGAACUGCCAUGAGACUAAAAAUAUUAGGACAAAUAUACACACAUGCAAUUCAACACGUAUAUAAUACAGAUUACAGUAUAAUCCAAUCAGUUGAGGCGCGGCCAUCUCCGACUCUGCAAGGCGUAUUGGGAUAUGGAUGUCCCGGGUAGCUCUGCCUUCGCGAUCACUCCGGCGCUAAGGCUGCGUAACGACGAUUAGAAAGGGGAGGAAAAAAAUGAAAAUACACAAUAUUACAAAUUAUACGACAGGAUUCAAUUCUAUCUUAAUUUUGGUUUGAAAAUUCGUUCUUUGUUGUUGUUCCCAGAACAGAGAGUGAUGAGGCAGCCAAUGGUUCGCACACCCAAUAUUCGUGAAACGUACGAAGGAAAAAUCAUUGCUCACCGAAUGACGGAGAACCAAAUUUGGUGACAUUUAUCGACAAACGAGCUGCGGCAUACCCUAGAGAACCCUUUUACAUCCUAACACUCGACAUUCGCAAGGUGUGGCUCUUCGGUGAGCGGAGGGCCGCGCUAAGCUCUAGGCAACCUUGCUCG